UUUGCACACGUGCAAAGGAGGAACCACUUCAUAUUUUCUAAGUUAAAAUCAAAACGUUUUUUAAUAAGAAAUGGAUGAGAGGCCAAAUAAAGAGACAGGAAAGCUCCGUUCCAACUUCGCCUGUGGGUAUGACAGAGCUGAGGCGCCACCAACGCCAAAGAGGAGAAGGACUAACCCACCAGCUAAGGAUGGUGUAGAACACUGGACAACUAUUCGGUCUUUGCCACCUGAGCUGCUGGAGGAGAUUCUAUCCAGAGUGUCAGUCAGUGAUGUCAUUGCCUUUGGAGCCACCUGCAGCACCUACUACCAGCUGAGCCUAAGCUCCUCCCUCUGGAGACGGCUCUGCCAUCGCCAGGCAACCGGGACGCAGCAGCCUUCCACUGCGCCGCCCAACGACUGGCGAAGGACAGCCAUCUUGAAAUACUCCCAGGGCCUCCAGAUGCAGCGUUUGGGCGGUGGGGGGUCCCGGACCCCCCAGUGGUGCAGGUCCGGGGGUCCCUCUGUGUCCCUGGCCGUGGUUCCUCCCCUGGCACUGGGCUACAGAAGGUCCCUGCCCACCCGGGACCACCUCCUGCUGUUUGACUACCAGGGCACCAUCUUCCUGCUGCGCAACGCCGUGACGUCAUCGCUCCGCGGUCACAUGACCUGGAGGAGGGCCGCACGCCACGCUAUGCUGUGUCAGAAUGCCAAAGAUUUUGCCGUGGACCCCCGUAGCGACAACUCCUUCCGUCAGUACAUAUACGUCCUGGUGAGCCGUACCAACGGUGAUGCAGAGGACACACCCCCCAGCUGGCCCGGCCCCCCCGGCUCGGCCCCCCCUCCCUCCCCUCCGCGGUGUGACUGUGUGGAGGUGUACCAGCAGGACACCAGCCAGAGGGUGUUCCGGAUGACCUUUCACCCCUCCCUGACUUUCAUACAGCUCCGCCUCACCGGCUCUGAGGUCAACAGGGUCCUGCUACUGGUCACUGAUACUGGGAAGGUUUAUGCGCUGUCUGUGAAUGAGACCCAGAUGAACACGCCUCGUUCCUACACCGUGCAUCUGGCUCUGAAGAAGAUCAGCAUCUCUCUGCCUCACCUGCCCGUCGCUCAGGUCCACACCAGCUACAGUAGCGUCCUCUGCCUCACAGGUGAGGGUUCAGUCUAUCUGGAGGUUCACUCCGCUGGUGUGUAUCGUCAGUUCUUUGGGACCCAGCAGGGUUACAACCCCCAUGACAUCCACACCCCUCUGCCGCUCUCCCUGCCCUAUAAGGUGGUGAAGUGCUCUCUGGGACUGAGCCACCUGUGCCUGCUGGACGACUGUGGCCGCGUCUUCAUGCAGGGUAGCAACCGCUACGGACAGCUUGGCACAGGAGAUAAGAUCGACCGCGGCGAACCCACCGAGGUGGUGCUGUCCAUGACUCCAGUGGAGGUGUGGUGUGGACUGAACCACUCGCUUGCCCUGCUGCAGGGGGAGUCUGGAGUGAAGGAAGUACAGGGCUGUGGCUGUGGAGGAGGACGUCGACUGCCCGGCUGCUCCAAGGGAAGCGCUGUGUUUGUCAAGCUGAGCAUCAGGGUGCCCCGUGCCGCCCGCUCUCUCUGCGCCUCCAAGGACUGCCUCUUCCUGCUCUGUUGCCAUGACAUUGCCGAGACCCCCCUGUUCCGCUGCCCCCCACCUGUAAAGGAGGAGGCUGAGGAGGAGCGUAAGGUGGAGAGAGAUGAGAGGGAGAGGCUGAUCUGGCAACUAGCCCAGCUGAGGGAGUGUGAGAGUCUGGGGCAAAAGGUGGACAUUCUCCGCUGGGCCGUGCAGAGGCACAUGACCAUUAACCCCGCCCACAGGGAGUUUCUGGUCCAAGCGCUGAUCGCCAUCCGGCCCGUGUCUGACGAGCCCAGCGGCCAGUCAUAACCACAUUCACCAACAAUGCCACUUUGGUAUUUUCUAUAGGUUUUUCUUAUGCUAUAUGAAACAAUUGUGGCCAAAGACUCCACCCACAUUUUAUGUUUUACUUUGCUUAAUAAAAAAAGCAGCAUCA